AUGGCAUCACAACAACCUGUCGUCCGGGUGGGCGUCGCGGCGAUCAUCAGUGAUGCGGAGGGGAAGAUGUUGGUGGGAGUGAGAAAAGGGUCCCAUGGAUCGGGAACGUUGCAAUUUCCCGGUGGCCAUCUCGAAGUCGGCGAGGACUACUUGGAAUGCGCCGAGAGAGAGACGCUUGAAGAGACGGGCCUAAAGGUUAAAGCCGAGAAAGCCCUGGCCUUCACCAACGAUAUCUUUGAUGCGGAGAAGAAGCACUACAUCACUAUCUUUGUUUCCUGCCGGAGGGAUGAUGAACAGAAGCAGCCUGUGGUAAUGGAGCCGGAGAAGUGCGAGAGCUGGACGUGGAGAAGUGAGGCUGAGCUCAGAGAGUUCAUGGCCACUGAGGAGGGCAAGCAGCGGCUCUUUUUGCCAAUUGCCAACUUGUUCAACGAUCGCUUGUUCAAGGAGCAUGGUAGUCUGACGGCUUCGAUUUGAGAGGGUCCAUGGCUGGGAAGUUCACAUAUCCGACCGCAACGCAUUUGUUCUUCAAUACAGCAAUAUGCAGUUCGCCAUGAUGAGAAACAGCUAGCUCGUGUUGUGUUUACAUCCGAGUGGUAGUCAUGGCCAGAAAAAAAGGGGGAGGGCCCGUGCGCAUGGUGUUCAUGACAUCGAGCGUUGGCGCAGAUCCAGUGUUUGAGCGAGAUACACUAUAUCUGUAAUUCUGGGGUUCCUUCUUUCGUUACAGCUGGAUCUGGCAAUCAUUUUCCUCCGGAUGUAAGUUGAGGAUGUCGCGGCUCAGGUGAAUAUGGCUGAAAUGCUCUUGUUUCUAGGGGUUCAGUUUCUGUUCACUUUUCACCCAAGCCAUCUCUCCACUCGUUCCAAUUGCAGCCUACCAGGACAGUCUUAGACGGGCCAGACGUGACCGCAUCUCAAAAUAAGCAUUGCCCUUUUCC